CCUGUCCGCGGAGGAGCCGUCAGUGUGCGCGCCGCGGAGAAGCAGAGAGACAGACAUCUUGUAGAUAAAAUUUUGCGGCGUGGUGUCUCUCGACCGUGGGUGUCGGUGUCGCGGUUACGUGCUGUCGCGGUGCUUCGUAUCGUUACGGUGUCCCGGUCCACGUCGUCGCCGUCGUUGCGACAGUUGCCGCCGCCGUCUUCGUUGUCGUCGUACUUCACGACGUUCUCGCCGCAGGCCACCGACCGCCGCCGCCGCUAUUGCGAUCGUAACCGUCUUCGUUUUUUAAACUACUGUCCGUAAUCGCGACGCAUUGGUGUCGCGUUUGCGAGGAGCAAACGCUCGUCGAUUCGUCGUCGUCGUCGUCGUCAUCGUUGCCGCCAUCGUCGUCUCUGUCAAUCGAGUUGUCGCCGUCGCCAUCUAAAUCGGCCAUCGUCGUCGUCGUCGUCGUCGCCGCCGCCGCCGCCGUCGUCGCCGCCGUCGUCGUCGUCGCCGCCGCCGCCGCCGCCGCCGCCGUCGUCGUCGUCGUCGUCGUCGUGCGGCUCGCGCGUGGUCCAGCGAUCCCGAAGCGAGCGGAAGCUCCAGUCGAGGAUCCCCCGCGUCGAUACGUUUAUCUCCGCGUGUAUUCGCGAAGUACACGGUCGCGCCUACCCCCCUUCGAAGGGUGUGUGAAGAGGGGACCGCCCUGAGAGGAGAAGAGAAGAUCGCUCGACGAGAGAGAAAGAGAGAGAGAACCAGCCGUCUCCCCUUUUUCCUCCACCGUGAUCGUCGAGACUUCGUUCAAGAACGCCCAUGAACAGUUCCUAGGCACCGAUGUGUCGCGCCGUGCGAUAACUUCCGUCACCUCUCCGCCGCCACCCUCCCUCCUCCCGCCCCCCGUUCGUCCGCUCUCUCCCUCCCGGCGGUGUAUUUCCGUGCGCGCGUGUGUAUACAUGUGUGUGUGUGGCGGCCGCGCCGGGCUCUCGAGGUGAAAAUACCGCCCUCUCCUUCUACCCAACCCCUCCAAAGGUAGCCGUUAUAACUCUCGCGCGAGUGAACACGCGAAACCGGAGAGGAAGGAAAGGAGGACGAGGUGAAGGAGAGAGAGAGAGAGAGAGAGAGAGAGAGAGAGAGCGAAAGAAAGGAGAGAAGAACGCAAGAGGGACGAGGAUUUGAGGAAGACGAGUUACAGUGAAAAAAAGCGGAAAAGAAACGGUGCGGGCGCAGUGACACACGGCGGAGCGCGGGCGCGAGUGACAAGGACAGCGCGAUAGGCUAUCCCGUUGCGCGCGCGAGAGAGAGAGAGAGAGAGAGGGAAGAGGAGAAGAGAGAGAGAGAGAGAGGCGUCCACUCGUCAUUUAUCCUCAUACAGCAUGACCUCCAACAACUCGCAGAAGCUCCCCACGACGGACCGAGUGAUUAAAAAUGUUCCGUUUCCACCGUCUCACAAAAUGACAGUGGCAGAAGUCUUCGACGAACGAACAGGAUCUCCGCGGCCGGAGGUCCUGAAACAACACUUUAUCCUCGAGGGUAGGAUCGACGAGGCUGCGGCUCUUCGUAUAAUCAACGAUGGAGCCGCUCUUCUACGUUCGGAGAAAACCAUGAUCGACAUCGAGGCUCCUGUCACCGUAUGCGGUGAUAUUCACGGACAGUUCUACGACCUGAUGAAAUUAUUCGAGGUGGGCGGUCCACCUUCCUCCACCAAAUAUCUCUUCCUGGGCGAUUACGUUGACAGGGGUUAUUUCAGUAUCGAGUGCGUAUUGUACCUGUGGGCGCUGAAACUGUGCCAUCCCACCACACUCUUUCUCCUCAGAGGUAACCACGAGUGCCGUCAUCUCACGGAAUACUUCACAUUUAAACAGGAAUGUAAAAUAAAAUACUCCGAGAGGGUGUACGACGCGUGCAUGGAUGCCUUCGACUGUUUGCCGCUCGCCGCCCUCAUGAAUCAACAGUUCCUCUGCGUACACGGCGGCCUGUCGCCGGAAAUUCACAAUUUAGAAGAUAUCCGCAAAUUGGACAGGUUCAAAGAGCCGCCGGCGUUCGGGCCGAUGUGCGAUCUCCUCUGGUCGGAUCCCCUCGAGGACUUUGGCAACGAGAAGAACGCGGAGCAUUUCUCCCACAAUAGCGUCAGGGGUUGUUCAUACUUUUACAGUUACGCGGCGUGUUGCGACUUUCUGCAGAACAACAAUUUGCUCAGCAUUAUAAGGGCGCACGAGGCUCAAGACGCCGGAUAUCGUAUGUAUCGAAAAUCUCAGACGACAGGCUUCCCAUCGCUCAUCACCAUCUUCAGCGCGCCCAAUUAUCUCGAUGUGUACAACAACAAGGCGGCGGUGUUAAAGUACGAGAACAACGUGAUGAAUAUUAGGCAAUUUAAUUGUUCACCACACCCGUACUGGCUGCCCAAUUUCAUGGAUGUUUUCACAUGGUCCUUGCCGUUUGUCGGCGAGAAAGUCACAGAAAUGUUAGUGAACGUGCUGAACAUCUGCUCGGACGACGAGCUGAUGAGUGACGGUGAUGAUGCGCUCGAGGAAGUCGCAGCCAAAGUCGUUGUCCAAAAAAAGAAUGGUGCAGCAGCUAAUCUACGUAAAGAAGUUAUCAGAAACAAGAUUAGAGCCAUCGGUAAAAUGGCGCGUGUCUUCUCCGUCCUGAGAGAGGAAAGCGAGAGCGUGCUGCAGUUGAAGGGUUUGACGCCGACUGGAGCUUUACCGCUUGGUGCAUUAUCUGGUGGCAAGACCUCUCUAAAAAACGCUCUCCAAGGCUUCUCGCCGAAUCACAAAAUUACCUCGUUCGCCGAAGCCAAGGGUUUGGACGCCAUAAACGAAAGAAUGCCACCGAGGAAGGACGCGCCACCCACGCCGGUUAACGAGGAGAAACCCGUGACAAAGCCGCCGCCUCCUGCGGGAGACAAGCGGGACCACAACACGCCGCAAUCGCAAUCGUGAGCCCCACACUCGUCCAAUCAAGAUGGCGUGGACGGGUCCUAAGAUCCUGGCGCUAUCGUUGUCACCACCGAACAUUUGCAAACCAUUGCUCGUCUCUCCCUUCCCUCCCACGGUUGUUACAACCAGUGCGCUGUCCAUCGAGGAGUUAGAAGAAGGAGCCAUCGCAAGAAGAAAAAUCAGGAAAACAAACAGAUGGAUGAAAGGAUAGACACAUGAUACGAAAGCGAUUUCUCGUCGAUGCGGUUUCCAACGAGCAUUGUCACCGUUCCCGGUGCGCGUGCAACGAAAGAAAACAAGUCAGCCGAAGUAAAAGGAACCGCACAAUCUAUCGGAAUACGUCCGGGCGUUUCAGCGGGACUUCUCUUCUUCGAGGGCCUGCCUCUGUUUUUUUUUUUUCGCAUACACUAUAUACUCGCGAAUGAAAAAAACGGGAAUGUUAGCGAUAAUUCCUUCUGCAAUGAUCCAUACGCGCGUGAUGUUCUCCAAUCUUUUUCUCGAUUGUUCAUAUGAUUAUCCCUUACACUCACUUCUCCUCGUUCUCGCUUACUCUGGCUUUCGCAAUUUCUUGGUCUCUAAUUCUCUCUUUCUCUCUUUUCUUCCCAGCAUCCACUAAUAUCCAUUAUUCGCGUAUUUCUCACGGAUAAUCUACUCGAUGUACAUACGUACAUGUCUGCACAAAUCGACGAGGAGCGGAAUUUCAGUGCGAUAUAUCUUUUAGAUAGAUCCGUUUACGAAUCAACUUCGGGUCGAAUGUUUAUGCAUGAGAGAGUAUAUAUAUAUAUAUAUAUAUAUAUAUAUAUAUAUAUAUAUAUAUAUAUAUCUAUAUAUAUAUAUAUAUAUAUAUAUAUAUAUAUAUAUAUAUCCCUUUCCUCUUCCGGAUACUAUUUCUCUCUUUUCUUUUUUCAACGUGGAGAAGUGAGAAAGAAAGAUGGGAACGGACAGCUCGCGCGCGCGGUUACAUUUGUUUAAUGAAAGAUAUCGUACAGUGUGAAAGAGAGAGAAUGAGAGGGAGAGAAAGAGAAAGAGAGAAUGAGGACGAGCGGUCUCCGCCAAAGAAACAAAAAAGGCAGCUGGCCUGUCGUCAUGGCGGAGCUUCCGGUUUUAGGAUUUUACUAGACUCUUAAGAUGUGUCCGCCCUGGAUGACGCAUCCCUCGCGCUACGGGGUGGGGUUACUUAAAUAUUAAGUCGAGCUAGGGCUAAGUCGUAAAUUAUAUAUAUAUAAUUAAUUAAUUAUAUAUGUAUACAUAUAUUAAUUAAUUAUUUAUAUAUAACAUCGGAUUUAUUUAAUAUAUAUAAAUAUAUAAAUAUACAUAUAUAUUAUAUAUUAUAAUUAAUUAUUAUUAUUAUUAUCAUUAUAUUAUUAAUUAUUCUCAUUAUGUAAUCCGAAUACCGUGUUUUUCGCUGCCGCGCGUGCACACGUUCGUCAUGGUCGUACGAUAUAAUUAACGCGCGGAAGAAAUGUACGUCGAGCGCGCGCAUCGUUUUCAAUUACGAACAUAAUCUCAUUACGAAUAUAAUUUAUCUUGGCCGUUCUGCCCCGAGGAUUCAUUCGACAUUCUCGUGCAAUAUGAAAGAAAAUAUUUCGUUUUCGUUGUAUCCCGAUUUUCGCAUAGAAUUGCGCACGGCACGAUCGUACUGAGGGAACAUGCAAGAUAUUCGUUAUCUAUUAAGUUAUCAUAAUGAAUCGUGUUACAUUAAAUAAUGAUCGUUACAUUAAAUAAUGAUCGUCAGAAUUAAGUUCGUCUCAACAGUAAUUAUAGCGUCUUUUGCUAACGCCAUCAAUUAUCAAGUAUCAAGAAUCUCGCGUAUAUUACAUAACAUAGUAUCGGACUCGAAUAUAUUGUUGUCUUUUAUUACAUGUGAUCUCUAUGAACUUCCGUUUCGUUACAUGUAUAUUUUGUAAUAUCAUAGAUGGGUGAAUAUAAAAUUACGUAUGUCAAAAACGAGACACUUUUGGAUAAUAGUACGCUCAGACGAGACGCCAAGAAUCUCUCAAAGAGGCUCGAUUGUAUGAAAGAAAAAUCCAUAACACAUAUUACAAACGACACGUACGCUCGUUUAGACAUAUGAUGCAUAUCUCUUGCCCCAACUAGUCGCAUAAGAUUUGCUAGAAAGAACCGUGCAAGUCAAAAUGAUCGCGGAUACGCCGGUGAGGUGAUCGUAAUGCGCCAUCCAGGCGUAAACUCGGCCAAUGGGCUCGAAAUUAAAAUCCGAUAGUAGGUCAUAAUGGUGCUGAAAAAAUUACGCAAGCUAAUACGAGUUAAAGAGAAGGAGAACCACGCGUUUGAAAGAAAUAGCACUCUCCAUCAUGUACGUGCAAGAAUGUUUAUUCUAUUAUUUUUUAACGUGUGCUCCGGCUCUUGUCGUAAUAAGCCAUAAGAAUAAAAAACCGCAUUUUGUUUAUCUAUUAUCUGGCGCUGAAAGUGGAUCCUCGCCGUUGAUAGGCGACAGCGGAACAGAACGGCCGAGUGUGAGACAAAUAUCGGAGAAUCGUAUUGCAAAAAUGACGAAGUGCAGGAAGUUUCGCGGGUAUUACAUUUUUGCGAGUUACUUAUUUCGGAUAGAAAGACGAUUCUACGAAGUUAGGAUAAUAACGUUUCGUGUAAAAAUGCGAUCGUCGAGACGCUUCCGCUUCGAUCGUUCGCACUGUCGCGCAUUCAUUGCGCUAUCGCACGUGACGUCUCGAAAAUAAUCAGAAUCGAGAGCGGCUUACUCUCGUCUCUCGUGUAAUAUUUAUAGUAAUAAUCGCUCUCGCGAUCGUGUCGCGGGAUUUUAUCGUCGUGUUUUCGCUGUUUUUUCUACCUCUUCUCUAGAAAUCGAGACGUCGCGCCUAGCGAGUUUCGCGUACUGAAUUAGCGUCGACGAACAGCGCGGAGGAUCGCAAGCCUAAUCAUAUCGGGUAUCGGAAUAGGGAGAAAAAGAUGAGAAAUUUGAGGCAGAGAAGUAUCUCCGGAAGCCAAAUGACGGCACCGUGUCAGCAUUACGGUCUGAAACAUAAUAAAGGUAAUGAAAGAAUAUUAUAAUAAAUGAAAUAAGAUAUAUAUCUCUCUCUUCUCACUACGAUAUAAAAUAUACAGUGAAUAAUAAUUCUAUCUCUCUUUGCUACCAAGUUGUACUUAUUCUUAAUUAAUUUACUUGUACAAAAGAAUGUGUUAAAUAAUAAUAAAAUAUAUAAUAUAAUAUACACACACACAUGAUUAUAAAAAAAAUAAUACAUAUUAUAUAAUUAUAAAUAUGAAUAUAUAUAAAUAUACAUAUAUACAUAAAAAAGGAACAUUACAAUAUAUAUAGGAUGACUCGGAACUAUCAUCGCUCCUUUCAUCUAUGGAUUCCUUCUACAACUUUUGUAGGUGAAAGUUUUCAAACUCUCCCUUUCGAUCGAAUCCUAUAUAAUUCACAAAAUAUUAAUGUCACAACCUUUCUGUUUAUAAAGAAAAAACAAAUUUAAAUCGACCAAAGAAUUUCUGGAUGAGGAGUCUUGAUAAUUCCGGGAUAUCCUGUAUACAAACGUGUAUACAUAUACAUUACAAUGUUGAUUAUCUGAUAUUAACAAACAUCACGUUAUUACGAUAAUUAUUAUUCAUUUGAUUAUAAUUAAUAUUAUUGCCAUUAUCAUUACUGCCAUCGUUGCAAUCAUCCUACCUACUAUCGUUAUCACUUAUCGUUACUAUGACUAUCACGAAACACGAAGAGCGCGAAACAUCUCAAAGUGGAAUGGCACGCUGGUCAAAUUAAUAUAUAAGCGCGUAUGUUAUAUGCGUUGAUAUUCACAAUUCUAAUUGUUGCUUGAGCUACGAUAUGACGAGGGUGACACGAUAAUGAUGAUACAGAAUGCAAAUUCAAGUCGCUCCCGUCUAUCUUUAGUGUAGAAGCAAUCUAUUCUACGAAGAUAUGAAAAAAAUAACUACCCAGAGAAUAGAUUAAAAAAUUUAUCUUUUGCAUGCACGAACUUUCAUGGACCAUCCAUUUUUCGAAUAACAGCCUUGUGCCUUGUUUAGAUAUUUCCAAUCGUUUUCAAUCGACUCACACUUCGAUUCGCACUUUACUAUAAUCGCAUAAACGCACUUUUGACAUUGUUUUUUUUUCUACGAAAAAAAAAAAAUUUAAUUAAUAAAUUCAAUUCAAUCGGUUUAUGUGAACUACAUCAUAUCUUCAUCAUCGUUCCCUUUCUUUCGAAAAAAAGGUCUUCCUCGGUUAUAUUGUAGCGUGACAAAAAAAUUUUUCUCGCGCUUUCUCUAUAAUGUAGCAGAAUCCCGUAGAAUUAUAACGAUUAAAAGGAAUUAUUUCAUAUUGGGAGUUAUGUUACUUAAAUCUCUCGGUUCGAUUAUUUAUUCUGCAUAGAACGAGCUGACAGCAUAUGAUCAUUCCAUAACACACAUGGACACGGAGACAUCCGUUCAUUAAUUUGGAAAUAUAGUGUCAUACCAACACCAAAUAUGCGUGUCAUAUCUUUCAUAGACAUGCAAAUACGCCACAGUAUUGCCAUAUGUAUGUAGAACGCAAGUUUCGAAUCACCUUAUAUAUGUACGCGGGAAAAAUAAGUAUACACGCUAAUAUAUACAAUACAUGUGAAAUUACACUUAUUUUGUUGUGCGAUUUUGAGUCAGUUGUCUCUUGAUAGGAAUGUAUUAUAUGUUAAAGUAUAAAUAGAGUUUUUGAAUUAUAAGUGACUAGAAUAUAACGUAUCUUUUAAUUUAAUUUUAAAUGGAUCUUAUAUUCUAAUGAGAUUAAAACAAGAAGAUUUUAAACUAUUUGUAAGAAGUAUGAAAAAUGAAAAUCGAUGGUACCAAUCAGCUGCUUUUCUGCCAAAAAAAAAUCAGCUUUAAAUUUUUUAAAGAUGAAAUUUGUCAGAUACGUCACGAAAACGCCCUGUAUGUACGUAUACCCUGAGCUUAUAUUGCCUAUGUUACUCGCGUACAAUUUUUAUUUCUUUAAACGCAACACACAUACAAACACACAUCUACGUAUAAAUAAACUAUUCGAACGACGUCUCAUUAUUAAUAGAAAAUUCAUUAAUAAUAUAAUCGCUUAAUUUUGCUCGAAAAUGUUUUUCAGGGGAAGCUUGCUCUUUUAUACAGCAAGCUAUUUUUUCUUUUUUUCUUUCUUAAGCUAAGCGAAAUGAUUAAAGUGCUGUGUGUGAUUCUUCGUGGCUACGUUGCGUUCUACACGCGAAUUUGCGAUAGCGUAUUUACAUUAUGUAUCUAUUGUCAUUCGCUUUUAAUUAGGUGUGUGAUAAGCAAAAAACCUUGCCGGAUUCGAGCUUGCAACGAUAAUUUUCGUUCUUGCAGAAAUUAUAUCAGUUCAAAGACACAUAUGUAUAUUGAUACUUUAUAUUAAUUUUUAUAAUUAUAUUUCGGAUAUUAUUAAGAAUAUGCGAUAAUUUUCCAUAUUGUAAAUGCAAAGUAGGAUUUACUUUGCAUUAUGUACUUUGCAUUUUGUGUCACCUUGAUAUAUCCAAUAUCUUAACACACGCCUGAACAUGACAUUAUCGUUAUUGCCGAAAAAUUACGUGCUUUUCUCUCUUUACAUACUUUCCCCCAAGAUCAUUUCUUCCCUUUUCCUUCUCUUAUCAGCGAUACCGCGAGAAGAGAGGAAAGAAUUUUCGGGGACUCCCCUCGAGUCGCAUCGAACGCAACUAAAAUCGAGUUCACCGAGAAACAAUUUUAUGUACCUGUUACGACUGAUUAUUAUCGUGCACUAAUCGCUAUAUAAGGACAGUGAGAGAGAAUACGUGUAUAUGUAUGUGUACAUACACAUGUCCUGUUGUGUGCGUAUGUAUAUAUAUAUAUAUUUAUAUAGUAUAUUAUAUCGUACUGUUACAAUUGUUUUGUAACUAUCGUUAAAUGUCAUUGGCUGCUUGUUACUGACAGCUUGCGAUCUGCGGCUAGCUGAACUGUAUGUACAUAUCGAGUUUUAAGGGCGCGUGGAGAGCGUAUGUACGGAGGCGGUCAGUUGCACCACACGAAUUGGCUAUCUCGGAUUAGCGAUUUUUAGACUCUCUUACUCGCUUCUUUCGUUAUUACGAUUACGAUUAUUAUGAUUAUGGAUCCCAAAAAAGAAUAAUAAUUUUCAUCGAUGGAGAACAGUGACGUCUUGAUUUUUGCUGGAUCGAGCGAGCAAUAACGUAGACACAUAAUUGAAAAAUUUAUCAAUUUCCAUCGCAUUUGUACGCUAAUCGAUAUUGAUACAACGGGCCUGGAUUGUACGCGUCGUGGGCCCAAUUGUUUAAGGCGUGCAAUGUUCGUCUGCAUAUCACUUGCACGAUUGUUUUUGCAAAUGAUGCGCGAAAGGGAUAGAUGAUACCUUAAUGAUUCUCUUUAACGAACGACUGAGAACCGUGUUCCAGGAAAUGAACGAAAGUGUCGGUCUUAUAGGUACAUUAAUGUAUGUUAUAGCCGUUAAUUUAUUUCUAUCGAAAGAUCCUCUAUUUUGCAAUAUUAUUCCACAUUGUUUGGCUACAACAAGCUUCGGUCGUUUAUCGAGGUCAUGUCGAACAUACAUAGGAUAUCUCUCAUGAAUACUUAUUCAUUUUCAUCCAUUUGACGAUAUAUUUUCUCGCGGCGAAGCAAGCACGGCAUAGUCACAUUUCCCUAUUUAAUAAUUGUACCUGUAUAGUGUGUCGUUUAAUUAGAUCUAUUUUCUACGCUCUGCCAGCAUCGUGUGUUUGGCGUUUUACAUAAAAAAAUAAUUCCCGAAUAUUGUGCGCGUGUGACACGCGCGAAAACCGCCCAGGAUAUUGACGGGCCGCAAGGAGAGAAAAUAUAUACAUUGGAGAUUGCGAUUUUAACUACUUUUCCAAACAAAAAAAAAAAAAAGAAAAAAGAAAAGAUUUGCAGUCUUAGACUCCGUUUCUCUCGUUCCUUUCACGCGAGCGUCGCCCGGUGGAUGUGAUGUGUCCUCUGAGAAUAAAAGAAUAGUACGGAAAGAAAGUAAUUAGAUUUGUCGCGGAUAAGUCACAGAAAGUUGAUAAAUUAUAAUUGAUUGUCCAUUUUAUAAAACGACCAGUUUUAAGAGAAGCAUAAAAUCUCUGAAAGAGAAAUUAUUUCUAUCGAAAAAAGUAUUAGGAUGACAAAAAAAAAACGCUUCUCGAAAAAGGUUCGGUUUUUUCCAUUAUUAAUUUGCUAAAUAUCUUCCUGUACGUUACGCUUCAUAAGACAGGCGGAGGAAUUCUUUAGUAACAAAUCCUUGAUAAGAACGAAAAUGAAAUAACAUUUUCGGAUCGAGAGUAUAUCUUCAAAUGACAAGAGAUUGAUCAAAGUCUGCCGCGUCGAAUCUCUUUUUUUUUACGAUCUAAUGAUCUUUCGCAAAGACUUGGAAAUUUGGAUUUUGCCGCUGACUUUGUGUUUUCCAAAAGCGUGCGAGUUUUUCACGCGAAAGAAUGUAUUAAUUUUACUCGCCAUAUCUUACUUUAGCGAUAAUAGAAUCAUAACACAGACAAAAGGAGAAAAGUUACUCGGAGAUGCGGUAUUUUUCGAGCACAUCCAUCGGACAAAUCGUUAUCACGCGAGAGCCGUAUAAUCGGGCUCAUUACUCUGAUACACUCGCGGCAUUCAAGAAGAAUGGCAUUCAACGAUAAAGAAAAAAAAACUGUACAUAUAUAUACGUGCGUUUACUAUUAUCUACUUAUUAUUACGAGACUUACUCCUAAGAGAUCUUUGGCUAAAAUACUUUAUAGAAGUGAGACUCUCUCUCUCUCUCCCUAAUCGCGAGGAGAAUGACAAAACAAGCAGAGAUCACAUAUACAUUGUUUAGCGCCAUUGUGACUCUAUCCCCUUCUUAAGAGAAUAAGAGCAUAUAUAUAUAUAUAUAUAUAUAUAUAUAUAUAUAUAUAUAUAUAUUUGUUUAUAUACAUAUACAUGACACGUAUAUAGGCGCAUUGGUACUAUUAUUAUUAUCAUUAUUAUGGUUAACGUUACACGAUUCUUAUCAUUAUUGAUAUCGUCUUCACUAUUAUAAUUAUCAUUGUCGUGUGGAGAGGAUACCCGAUGAGUAAUUAUUAUAUAAAUAAAUAAAAGAGGAAAAAUCUUAUACUUAUACAUAAUUAUAUAAAUA